UAGCUCGACUGAAUUCCAAGUCUUGUUGGUGGCCGCAUUGCUUGUGCAAUUGAAGCAGCAAACCUUCUCUACAUUGCAAUUGCAGGUGAAACGUCUUGAGGCGCCCCUUGAUUGUGUAACCUCCACAAAAUUACUUGCUGGCCCCACAUUUGCAGCUCAGCAUUUUCCAGGAGAAAAGGGGAAACAGAUCUGACGCUCACAUUGCAAUAUCAAUGGCGUCCUCAGUCCUUCAAUUGAGCUGUAAUUGUCCCUUGACGUCCCAAUCUCUUUCGCGACGAUCAUCAUUCUCAAAAUGUCAGGGCAAUCUGUCUGAUCUUUCACCCACUUCGAUCUGGGGUCAACGCAUUCCGGCGCACUCAAGAGCUGCUCUGGUACGAACACAAAAAGUACCACACAAGCAGAUUUCAGCCGCAGCGGGUGGGGACAGCAAACCGCUCAGCUUCAUCCAUAUUGAUGACUACCCCAAGGAGACAAUCCUAAAGAUUCUUGAGCGCUCAAAGGAGGUGAAAGCGGCUAUCACAGCUUAUGACCACAGUUACAAGCCCUUUGCCGACAAGACCAUGGCAAUGAUCUUCACGAAGCCCUCCAUGCGGACCAGGGUCUCCUUCGAAACUGGCUUCUAUCUAUUGGGAGGGCAUGCAAUCUACUUGGACCCCAAGUCCAUCGAACUUGGGAAGCGAGAGGAGACGCGAGACAUUGCCCGUGUGCUCAGCAAUUACAAUGACAUCAUCAUGGCCCGCCUCUUCGCUCACCAAGACGCCCUAGAUCUCGCCAAGUACGCAACCGUACCAGUCAUCAACGGGUUGACGGACUACAACCACCCGUGCCAGAUUAUGGCGGACGCCCUGACGAUCCAGGAGGUGACGGGCGGGCUGGAGGGCGCCAAGGUGGUGUACGUCGGUGACGGCAACAACAUCGUGCACUCGUGGCUGCGGCUCGCGGCCAUUGUGCCCCUCCACUUCGUGUGCGCUUGCCCACGAGGUUUCGAGCCCGAUGCCGCAACUGUUGAGUUGGCCCGGAAAGCUGGCGUCAGCAAGAUCGAGAUUUCGAACGAUCCGAUGGAGGCCGUUAAGGACGCAACCGUUGUGUACAGUGACGUGUGGGCGAGCAUGGGCCAGAAGGAGGAGGCGGCCGCGCGCCUUUCAAGAUUCCAGGGCUUCCAGGUAAACGACGAGAUGAUGAAACGAGCGGGCAAGGAUGCGUACUUCAUGCACUGCUUACCAGCCGAGAGGGGCAAGGAGGUCACGGACUCGGUCAUGGAGGCGCCAAAUUCCAUUGUAUUCCAGCAGGCGGAGAACAGGAUGCACGCACAGAACGGGGUGAUGCUGCACGUCAUGGGUUGCUGACGAUCUGCAUAUCAUGACAGCUUGCCGUGUUUGCAGGCAGCUUAUCUAAAUAAAAGCUAGCAGUGCUAGUAGGUUCGGAGGGAAGAAUUUGGAUGUGCCUACCUUACCAUCCUUAAGUCCUUUGUGUAGCUGGAUGCACUACAAUAAAGGUCCCAAUCGAGGCUCUUGAAGGGCUAGAUUCGCCCUUAAGAGCUAGCGCCGAGCUAUAAAUCUUUCUUGACGCGGAAUGUUUUCCUGACUAACCAUACGGAAGUUUAAUGGCCAAUUGCCGAAAGAAAUUGCUUGGGAAGUCCUCGGAACCGAUACACAAAUCGAGAUUGCGC